UGCUAGCUCUUGUGCACUGAACCACUCUUCUUACAGACAGUAUAUUUAGGGGAAAAAGACAAAUUGUUAUGGGAGACUAAUAAGAAUGAUUCAAACAGUACCUCAUUUUCAGAGCUUGGAAGCACCUAAAAUCAAGCUUGAAGCACUAACCUGCUUUAGUUUAACAUACUGGAGGAUACAGUCUACUGAUAGUGCUGAUUUCUUUUUCAGUUCAGAAUCCAAUAUAUGGAUAACAUUUAUAUUGCUGCUAAAAGUAUUUCAGACAAUAUAUUUGAGUUUAAAGCUUUAUUAGGGAAUUAUGUGACAGAGUUCUGAUCUGAUCUUUUGUUAGCUUGUAGUUUUCAGUCAAUUUUAGCAUGGAACUCGUUGUACUUGCAGGUGUUCAGAUUCUGUAUUUUUAACUUCCACAUUCAAUCAUGGCUUGGAUGACUUACAUUUCCCACUGGUUUGAUGAAGAUGAUUGGUAUGCAGGACAGCAACGAGCAAAAAUGUCACAUGUUAGACAAGUGGGUCUUCUAGCUGCUGGAUGUCAGCCAUGGAACAAGGAUGUUUGUGCUGCUAGUGGGGAUAGAUUUGCCUACUGUGCUACACUUGCUAUUUAUGUAUAUCAGCUGGAUCACCGAUACAAUGAAUUCAAGCUCCGAGCAAUUAUGUCUGAGCAUAAGAGGACAAUCACAGCCAUAUCUUGGUGUCCACACAAUCCUGACAUGUUUGCAAGUGCCAGCGCAGAUAAUUUAGUAAUAAUUUGGAAUGUGACUGAACAGAAAGUCGUGGCCAAACUGGAUGAUACAAAAGGAAUUCCUUUGUCACUUAACUGGUGCUGUGAUGAAGAUGAUGCAGUUGCAUUUGUGUCCCACAGAGGUCCCUUGUACAUCUGGACUAUCUCAGGACCUUUCAACGUGGUAACGGCACAUGAAGGAGCACAUAGUUUCUUGUCAGAUAUCUGUCUGUUUAGGUGGCAUCCAAGAAGAAAAGGGAAAGUAGUCUUUGGACAUUCUGAUGGAAGUCUAUCUAUUUUUCAGCCAGGGUUUCGAAACCAGAAGCAUGUCUUAAGACCAGAGCCUCUUCAAGGAGCAGAUGAAGAAGAUCCAGUUACAGCACUGGAGUGGGACCCUUUGUCCAAUAACUAUCUUCUUGUUGCUAAUUUACAUAAUGGCAUUCAACUGGUUGAUUCGGAAUCUGCGUUCUGUCUCGUAAAAUUUAAUGUUCCCAAUGUAGCAGUAUCUGUUCGGUGUUUAGCCUGGGUUCCUGGUGCUCCUGGAAUGUUUAUAACUGGAGAUUCUCACAUUGGUAUGUUACGUAUUUGGAAUGUUUCACGUUCGGCACCUAUCGUUAAUUUAAAAUUGAAGAAUUCUGGUUUCCAUAGUUUGCAUAUGCUAAGUUCUCCUCCAAAGAAGAAGGCAUUCUUGUGUCCAUCUCCUACUAAAUAUCCUCAUACAUCCUCAACAAGUGAGGCUGUUCCUCCUCCGACUUCAUCACAAAAGCGAGCAUUUUCUCUUCCUCCUGGCCAUGUUGUCUGUUGUUUCAUGGAUGGUGGUGUUGGCCUUUAUGACUUGGGAGCCAGAAAGUGGAAUUUCCUUAGAGAUUUGGGACAUACUGAGACCAUCUUUGAUUGUGAAUUCAAACCUGAUAACCCUGAUCUUCUUGCUACAGCUUCAUUUGAUGGUACAAUAAAAGUGUGGGACAUAAAUACUUUAACAGCGGUUUACACGUCCCCUGGUAAAGAGGGAGUUAUUUAUUCCAUUUCGUGGGCUCCAGGAGAUCUGAACUGCAUAGCAGCUGCAACAUCCAGAAAUGGUGGCUUCAUCUGGGACAUCCCAAGAUGCAAAAUAAUAACACGAUUCAGUGAGCAUGGAAGGAAUGGGAUCUUCUGCAUUGCCUGGAGUCAUAAAGAUUCCAAAAGAAUAGCAACCUGCAGCGAUGAUGGAUUUUGUAUUAUUCGAACCAUUGAUGGCAAAGUUCUUCACAAGUACAAACAUCCAGCUGCAGUGUUUGGCUGUGACUGGAGUCAAAACAACAAAGACAUGAUAGCUACUGGUUGUGAGGAUAAAAAUGUUCGUGUUUAUUACUUGGCAACUAGCUCUGAUCAGCCACUGAAAGUUUUUACUGGACAUACUGCAAAGGUGUUUCAUGUACGGUGGUCUCCUUUGAGAGAAGGAAUCCUCUGCAGUGGCUCUGAUGAUGGUACUGUUCGAAUAUGGGAUUACACACAGGAUGCUUGUAUAAAUAUUCUUAGUGGACAUAGAGCUCCAGUACGAGGACUGAUGUGGAAUCCUGAAAUUCCAUACCUUCUAAUAUCUGGCAGUUGGGACUAUUCAAUUCAAAUCUGGGACACAAGAGAUGGAACGUGCUUGGACACUGUUUAUGAUCAUGGAGCAGAUGUAUAUGGAUUAUCAUGUCAUCCUAGUCGACCAUUUACUAUGGCAUCUUGCUCUCGUGACUCUACUGUGAGACUUUGGUCACUGACACCGCUUAUAAAUCCUCUACCAAUAAAUAUCUUAGCAGAUAGAUGUUGGGAUGAGGUUAUUGGUAAUAUAGAUCGUGCUGUAAAAUCUGGUGCUCCUCCUUUGCUGUGUGGUAAAGUUUCCAGAGAUAUUAAGCAAGAAGUGGAAAAGAUGAUAGGAAAUUCUCGAGAAGAAAAACUAAGGCGGUUUUCAGAAUGUUUUUCUCCUCCAGGAGGCAGCAAAAAUUUGUGGAAUUUAGUUGCUGUAAUAAAAGGACAGGAUGAUAGUCUGCUUCCACAAAAUUACUGCAAAGGAAUUAUGCAUGUCAAACAUCUUGUUAGAUUUAGAAUGUCUGAAGCGCAUGAACUGACAGCAGUAAAAAUGUCCAAGUUUGGAGGCGGUAUUGGUGCACCAAGUACAAAGGAAACGCUUAAGGAGGCUGCAGAAAUACAUUUAAGAUUAGGACAAGUUCAGCGGUAUUGUGAACUGAUGGUAGAGCUCGGAGAGUGGGAUAAAGCUCUCUCAGUUGCACCUGGUGUAUCGAUGCAAUACUGGAAGAAGUUAAUGCAAAGGAGAGCUGAUCAGUUAAUUCAGGAAGAAAGUGAUGAUGCCAUCCCAUACUGUAUAGCUACUGGAGACGUGAAGAAACUGGUUGCUUUCUUUAGUUCAAGAGGACAGCUGAAUGAGGCUCUACUUGUUGCACAGGCAGCUUGUGAAGGAAAUACACCGUUCUCCACAAUGAGUGGAUCUUCCAAUUCUGAUUUAAACAAUACAGAUGAUUAUAAUGCGCUUCUUCAGAAGGUCAGUGAGGAACUGGCAGAGUGGUAUUUCCAAGAUGGCCAUGCAGUGCUUGCCGCGUGUUGCCAUCUGGCUGUUGAAAACAUAGAGGUUGCAGUGGCAAACCUGAUUCGUGGAAAUGAGCUGGAGUUGGCAGUCAGUGUGGGUACUGUCUUGGGAGAAAGAGCAGCACAAGCAACACAUUAUGCCCUAGAAUUACUAGCAAGAAAAUGUAUGACAGUAACAACAUGCUUUCCAUCACUUGGAUACAGGGACUUAGCAGCUGAUCUUCUUAUGAUGAUUCCUGAUAAUAAGCUGCAGUUGAUAAAACUUUGUGCUUUUUAUCCUGGAUGCACAGCUGAAAGAAAUGACCUACAUGAAAAGUGUAAUCUUCCUGAUGUAGAAGAGUGUAUGCGAUUGGCAGAAACAACUGAGGCACUCGGUGAUAUAUUUGAAACUAUAAAGUACUAUCUGCUAAGCAAUGAACCAGAAAAAGCUCUCCCUAUUGGCAUUCAGUAUGUGAAAGAACAACUCCGUGACUCACAUUGGACUUUAGAUUCAGUAUGUCCAUACCUUGACCUUCUAAGUUACAUUCGCACUGAACAAUUAAUGCUGCCUAACUGUACAGAAUUUCGGAAUGAGUUGCUAAUUUUGUGUGGUUAUAUUGGUGCUUUACUUGCUAUCAGAAGACAGUACAAUAGCAUUGUACCUGCACUUUAUGAAUAUACAAGUCAGCUUUUAAAAAGACGGAAGGUGUCUGUACCGUUGAAAAUUGAGCAGCUCUCUGAGGAAUUAGAUGCGUGGAGAGCCUUCACUCAAUCAACCAAACCUACCAAUGAAUUGCCAUGCACUCCACCAUCUGAGUCACAGAAAAAGGUCUAUUCAAUACUGGUAUCACGGAUACAAGAGGAGCCUCUGAAAGGAAUGAUUGGGCCUGACUAUGUCACUGGAUCAAAUCUUCCCAGCCAUUCAGAUGUUCACAUCUCUUGUUUGACAGGGCUAAGGAUACAGGGUCCAGCAUUCUUCCUCGAAGAUGGAAAAUCUGCAAUUUCACUGAAUGAUGCUUUGAUGUGGGCCAAAGUGAAUCCAUUUUCACCACUAGGAACUGGAAUACGGCUUAACCCAUUUUGAUGCAGUAUUUUCCUCUUAACGUAACACUGAUUGUGAAAGGACAGAAAGAUGCUAGUCAAGCUCUCUUGGGAGACAAAUAUUUGGACUUUUAAAAUUG